AUUGCUAUUGGGAGCAGUUUAGUUUUCAGUUAGUGGUGAGGUUUAGUUAUGAUUGUGUAGAUGUUAGUGACAAUAUGGAUAUAGGGUACAAGUUGAAGGCGGAAAACCCCAAACAAAAUGCGAAUAUAUUUUCAAAGUUAUUUUUCGGGUGGAUGAUACCACUAAUAAGGAGGGGGAAUAAACAGAAUUUAGAAAUAAAUGACUUGUACAAAACUUUAAAGAAAGAUCAAUCAAAAAAAUUAACAGAUGCUUUAGAAAAAAAUUGGGAAAAACAGGUCGAGAAAGCAAGGAAAAAGGGUGGAAAACCAAGUAUACUGAUGGCUAUAUCGAGGACAUUCGCUUUUGAAUUUAUGAUGUACGGAAUACUGUGGGCUAUUCAAAAUGUAGUUCUAAUGUCUCUAAAACCAGUAUUGAUUGCACAGUUGAUAGAGUUAUUCACUGACGACACUUCGACCAGAUUCAGAGAAAUGUAUUUCUUCAGUACAUCAUUAAUUUUAGUGUCACUUUUAAUUGUAUUCUUCUUCCAUCACACGAAUUUUGGUCUACAAGCAAUUGGAAUGAGGAUACGAGUUUCGACUUCAUCAUUAAUCUACAGAAAGAUUACUCGGUUAAAUCAAAAAUCUUUGGGAGAAACUGCUACAGGACAAAUUGUCAAUCUACUUUCAAAUGACGUCCAACGAUUUGAUAUGGUGGUACAACCGUUACAUGCGUUGUGGGUGAUGCCCCUUCAGGUGGCCAUACUGAUGUUUAUAAUCUGGAAUCAAGUUGGAAUUUCGUCUCUAUCAGGUGUUAUUUCGAUGGCAAUUAUUGCUUUGCCCGUACAAGGUUAUAUGGCCAAGCUCAUGGGUCUUCUUCGACAAAAAGUUUCCGGAAAAAACUGACACCAGAGUCAAACUAAUGAAUGAAGUAAUAUCUGGUAUACAGGUGAUAAAGAUGUAUGCGUGGGAGAAACCGUUUGAAAAAGUUAUAAAGAAAGCAAGAUCAACAGAGAUUGGUGAUAUAACAAAAGCGUCCUACUUGAGAGGUGUAUUUUCUAGCUUUAUCGUAUUUUUGGAUAGAGCAGCUUUAUUUUUCACUGUUCUGACCUACGUUUUACUAGGUAACGUUAUUACCGCAGAUAUAGUUUUCUCUUUGGCCCAAACCUUCAAUAUACUACAAACAGCCAUGGCCAUUUGGUACCCAGUAGCAAUUAGUGUCGGAGCGGAGGCUCUAGUUUCAGCUAAGAGAAUUCAGAACUUUUUAAUUAUGGAGGAAAGAGAAGAUGCGUCUAUCGAAAAAAUAGAUAAGAACGGUAUAAUACUAUCUAACGUGUUUGCUUCAUGGACACCGAAGGGACAUACUUUAACAGAUAUUACAUUCCAAGUUCCUCCAGGUACUUUGUGCGCUGUAGUAGGACCAGUAGGUGCUGGAAAGAGCUCUUUGUUACAGCUACUUUUGGGAGAGCUGCCAGUAAAACAUGGAAGAGUUCAAAUGGGAGGAGAAGUUUCCUACAGUUCGCAAGAGCCUUGGCUUUUCCAAUCAACUGUACGGAAUAACAUUCUCUUUGGAAGUCCCUACGAAAAACGCUGGUAUGAAAAAGUAAUUAAAGUCUGUGCCUUGGAACGCGAUAUGGAACAGUUUCCACAAGGAGAUAGAACAAAUUGUUGGCGAAAAGGGAGUUUCACUUAGUGGAGGACAAAGAGCUAGAAUCAAUUUAGCAAGAGCAAUUUACAGACAAGCUGAUGUUUAUUUAAUGGACGACCCGUUGUCUGCAGUUGACACACACGUUGGACGACAUUUGUUUGAUCAAUGUCAUUCUUCACCAUUUAAGAGGUAAAACUAGAAUUCUAGUAACGCAUCAGCUACAAUAUCUGAAGAAGGCUGGUUUAAUCGUUGUACUUAAUGACGGUAAAAUUGAGGCUCAAGGUACCUUUGAAGAACUAAUGGAUAGUAAAAUGGACUUUACAAAACUCUUAGUUGCUGCCGAUGAAACUGGUGACAAACAUGACAAACAAGACGACGCUGAUCAGGAACCUGUAGAAUUUACAAGAAAGUUUUCCAGUACUAGAAGAUUUUCGGUAUUGUCCGACGCUAGUAGCGAAAUAUCAUUGAGUAUGCGUUCAGUAGAUAUGACUUCGGAUAAACAUGGUGAAGAGGAAGAGAGUGUCGGUGACGGAAAACCAUUUAAAAACUAUUUGUUUGCCACUAAGAACCUUUGCUUCGUUGUUUUUGUACUGACUUUAAUGGUUCUGGCUCAAGCUUUUAACGUAGGAGUAGAUUUAUGGUUAACAUUCUGGACUUCUCAAGAAGCAAUACGCCACGAGAAUGGAACAAUUGUUGAAUCAACAUCUCCAACUAUAGAGAUACUUCCAUUACAUGAUAAAAGCAACUUCAGCUAUUCUUAUAAUAAUUACAGUUACAUACCAGAGAAUACCAAAAAAUCGGAAUCAUUCAAUAUCAAUGAUAUAUUUGAUAAUGUUAAUGUAGACGGCCAAAUAAAAAAAAUAAUCAAAACGAAUUGGGCAUUGUAUUUCUAUAGUGCGCUAAUAGGACUGGCUAUUGUCUUGACGCUAUCUAGGUCGCUGCUGUUCUUUAAGGCUUGCAUGAUGGCUUCAGUUAACUUACACACUAGUAUGUUCCAUAUGUUACUAAAGGCCCCGAUGAGAUUUUUUGAUACAAAUCCCAGCGGAAGAAUUCUUAAUAGAUUUUCCAAAGACAUGGGUGCUAUAGAUGAACUUUUACCUAUGGGAUUUUUAGAUGCCAUGCAGGUCAUGUUAGUAUUGUGUGGAAUCCUGGUAAAUAUUACUAUUUCUAACGCCUACAUAGUGAUAGCUAUUGUAAUUCUUGGAGCAGUUUUCCUUAAAUUCCGGUCAUGGUAUAUAUCCUCAGCUAGAGUGCUUAAGCAUCUAGAGGGAAUAACUAAGUCUCCUGUUUUCUCUCAUAUUAAUGCCACACUAAAUGGAAUUAUCACAAUACGAGCUUCGAAUGCUCAAGAUAUCCUAAUAGAAGAAUUUGACGAUAAUCAGGACGUAAAUACGUCGGCAUGGUACUUGACAAUUGCCUGUAUGAAUUCCUUUGGAUUAUGGUUGGACUUCCUUGCUAUCAUAUUCUUAGCAGUUGUUACAUUCUGUUUUGUAAUUUUAAGAAAGUUCACCGAUGUCAAUGGCAGUUUAGUAGGACUAGCUGUUUCCCAAUGCUCAGUUCUUACUGGCAUGUUACAGUUUGGAAUGAGACAAACUGCAGAAGUUAUUAACCAGUUAACUAGUGUCGAAAGAGUUAUGCAGUAUACUAAACUUGAUAUAGAAGGUCCAUUUGAUACACCAGAAGAAAAUCGACCAAGAGGGGUAUGGCCAAAACGAGGUCAAAUUGAAUUUAGGAAUUUAUCUUUAAAAUAUGUUGAGAACGAUCCACCAGUACUCAGAAAUCUUAACUUUAUGAUAAUGCCAGGACAAAAAAUCGGUAUAGUUGGCCGAACAGGGGCAGGAAAAUCCUCCCUUAUCUCAGCUCUCUUCCGUCUGGCUCCACUUGAAGGCGCCAUUUAUAUAGAUGGAGUAAAUACCAAAAAUCUAGGAUUAACUGAUUUGAGAAGAAAAAUUUCCAUUAUUCCUCAGGAACCAGUACUGUUUUCUGCUUCUUUGAGAUACAACUUGGAUCCCUUCAACGAGUUUGAUGAUGACAAAAUUUGGCAGGCUUUAGAACAAGUGGAACUCAGGGACAGCGUAGACUCCUUGGACUUCCAUGUAGCGGAAGGUGGUGGAAACUUCAGUUUAGGUCAAAGACAAUUAGUAUGUUUAGCGAGAGCUGUCUUAAAGAACAAUAAAGUUUUAGUGUUAGAUGAAGCUACAGCAAAUGUUGAUCCUAGGACUGACGCACUAAUCCAAGCAACAAUUCGAAAACGAUUUAAAGACUGCACGGUUCUUACGAUUGCCCAUAGGCUGAACACCAUCAUGGACUCCGAUAAAGUGUUGGUAAUGAGUUUCGGAAAUAUGAUCGAAUUCGACCAUCCUCAUAAACUUCUUCAAAUUGCGGACGGACACUUCCACAAAAUGUUACUAGAAACUGGACCAGUGAUGUCGGCGCAACUCAAAGAUGUAGCCAUGAGGGCAUACCAACAUGAGUGAAAACAUGGCAUAGGAUAGGAAUCCUUAUUUAUUACUUUCAAAUGCCUUUAUUUUCUAACAAUACGUCACACUACGCAAAAGUUUUUUGUCGAAUAAAAGUUAAAUAUAAAAAAGCAUCUCAAAUGGGAUUUUAAUUAAUUUGAAGAUAUCGUUGAGAGCGCAUUAAAUUUUAUUUUAUAAUUAUGUUUUACAAAUACGAUUUGCUACCUAUUG